AUGGCUUGUGUCGAUGGCAACCAAUUCGAACUGCGGAGGGAAGAGAACGUCGAGGACAUGAUCCAGGUUCACUUUCACGGACAGCUGUGCUUGAAAAGAAUGCCCGCCGAUGACAACUGUCUGUUUCACGCCCUCGCGGAUCACAGCGGCCAAAUCGGUCAGGUCGCACGAGCCGAAGUCAUCGACUUCCUGCAGACCGCAGCUGCGGACCAAGGACCGUACGAAGAGACGUGGCUCGAGGAGCACGACUACCUCACGGCGAAGUCUACCAACUGGGGCGGAGACACGGCGAUCAUCGCUUUCAGCCUUCUGAGACGCAAGCGGAUCAUGCUCCACUGGAUGGCUGGAGCGGGCUUGAUCCUCUCCGACGACAAGACGCAUGAGGAAGUCGCGGAGGAGCUGGGGGAACAAGAAAGCGAGGUCAUCCACCUAUGGUACAACGGCAUCAACCACUACGACCUUUUG